ACACUUGCAAAUUCUCUAUUGGAGGGGCAGGUAAGACUUACGACCGUUUUCUCGUCCCCUCCUCACUUCACCUUAUUUUUCAGUCAUUUGUUUCCGUUUCAAAAAAGUGAUGUUAGUGGUAAAUUUGCUCACAAAAGGCGAACAAGCAGUGAGGGGGCUGAAGCAAACUUCCUACUACAGGCGCAGCAUUUAUUUUAGCAAAGUAUUUAUUUUAGUAAAACAUUUUUUUUUUUUUUUUUCAUUUGGAGUUGAAAGAUAGGAAGGAAAUCACAAAUGUCAAUGAUGAAAAUUGGUGAUCCGCCAUUGCCUGACCAUGGCUUUCGUCAUAAAAAUUAACAAAGUCAACCUAGCUGCUGACAUCUUGUGUAUAUUUGUGCUUGGGUUUACUGUCUUGUUGAUCGGAGUGUUUGCGCAACCACGAAAAAUUGGUUUUCACUGUGAUAAUGAAGACAUCCGCUAUCCUUACAAACCCUCCACAGUUUCAAAUUUUGCCUUAAUUUUAUCUUCACUCUUCUUGCCAAAUGUUGUGAUAGUUCUGACAAACUUGACAUGGGGCUCAACGAUUCGGGAGACGUUCAAUAAAAAUGCAUUCACUAUUGCUCUUCUGGAGUCAUACGGAUCGAUAGCUCUUUUUUGGAUGGGUAUUGGUUUUACACAGAUAACAGUUGACACAGCUAAGAACAACAUUGGCCGCCUGCGUCCUCAUUUCAUUGCUGUCUGUAAGCCUAACAUUGACUGUUCGCUCAGUGAAAAUGCUGGUAGAUACAUCACAAGAUACCAAUGCACAGGCGCUGAUGGGGAAUUGAUGAAAAAUUCGCGUGUAUCUUUUCCAUCUGGACACGCAGCUCUCGCCUUUUAUUCGGCCGUGUAUGUUGCGGUGUAUCUGAAACAGAAAAGCAGCGAGAAUGGCUACAAUGUGCCAGUUACGAUAGCUUUCAUUCAAGUUUGUUUACUGCAAGUUGCAUGGUUUACUAGUUUGAGUCGCGUUUCAGACUACAUGCAUCACUGGAGUGAUGUCCUCGUCGGAGCCAUUGCCGGAGCACUAUUUGCUGUUCUAGUGAUUACUUUUGUUCAGAUACCAAAUGAUAGAUUAACUCUAGUCGAAAAGCAAGAAGAAUCACAAGCGGAGAACGUCUAGCGGCCUGUACGAUCAAAAUUUUACCUCCAUAUCUCUGCUGUCUCUUCCUCUUUUUAAUGUAAAUAAUGUUAUAUAGGUUUAUGUUAAUUUAAUGCUAAUGCAAUACUGCAUUAGUACCUCUGCAUAACUUUUAUACAGUUUAGUCCAAAUAAAUUUCUCCAAUGAAA